ACGAAACCAGGCGCUUGCUUCGAAGAUCAUGUGGCGGGAACUCGGGGUGAACUUGACGGGAACAAAUAGGCAGGAUAUCCGAUCGAUGGCGCAGGGGCUAAUUCCCAGCUCAGUGGCGGACAAAGUCAUCCAUUUUGACUCUCGCUGCUACUCAGGCCAGUUUUCCGACGAUGGCAACUUCUUCUUCUGCUGUGCCCAGGAUUUCAAAGUGCGCAUGUACGACACUUCCAACCCCUUCAACUGGAAGUACUACAAGACUGUGACGUAUCCAUUCGGGCAAUGGACUAUCACCGACGCGAGUCUGAGUCCGGACAACAAAUUCCUAGCAUAUACGUCGAUUCGGAAUCUCGUUUGCCUGGCGCCCACGGAUCCGGCUGAUGAGUCUGAGCCGGCUGUCCUGGAUCUAUCCUCGAUACCCGGAAGACGAAGGAUGCGUUUUGGUGGGAACUCUCACUUUGGUAUCUGGUCGAUUCGAUUCUCAGGCGACGGUCGCGAGAUCGUGGCUGGCACUUCCGAUCAAUCAGUCAUUGUCUAUGACCUUGAAACACGACAGUCGGUGUUGCGGUUACAGAAUCACGACGAUGAUGUGAAUGCCGUUUGCUUUGGUGACCAGUCUUCGCCCCAUAUCAUUUAUUCCGGAUCCGAUGACACGACUUUGCGGGUUUGGGACAGACGCUCGAUGGGCGACGGGCGCGAAGCUGGUGUAUUUAUGGGACAUACGGAAGGAUUGACAUACGUUGACAGCAAGGGGGACGGACGAUACGUACUUUCAAACGGCAAGGACCAGACGAUGAAGCUCUGGGAUCUGCGAAAAAUGAUGACCACGGCGAAGUUUGACUCGAUCGAUCUCAACACAUUUACCACGGGAUUCGACUACCGGUUUGAAUCCUACCCCGAUGACUACUACGAACCUCAUCCUCACGAUUGUUCGGUUGUCACCUACCGUGGUCAUCGGGUCCUCAAAACUCUGAUCCGGUGUCAUUUCUCGCCGCCCAACAGCACCAACUCCCGAUACGUAUAUAGCGGAAGCGAGGACGGCAAGGUGUACGUGUAUAACAUGGAUGCGACGCUGGCGGGGACGAUUGACGUAGGGCAAGCCACUCACAAUUCGCGCCCGCUGGACCCCGACAUGUCGACUGCUGCAUAUGAGAUACGUAGCAGCCGGAGCGAUGUGCUGUGGAAGACAUGCGUGCGGGACGCGAGCUGGCAUCCGAGCUGCCCAGCUGUGGCGGCGACGUCGUGGAAUGGCUGGGGUCUGUCCACUGGGACUUGCACCUUGCACACCUGGAACGAUGGCGCCACAUCCGACGAAGGGACCCCUCCAUUAGCACGCAAUUACGACAGCAAGUUGAAUCCCGUGCCUGAGUAUGAUGAUUUCAAGCAGACGAUGGCAGCGAUGUCUCGCAGUCGGCCUGUUCACAGAUCUCCGCUGGAUGACGAACUCGCGUACGAAUUAUGGUAAAUUAUCUGGAGGUAUAUUAUACAGAAGCAGGCGAGCGCACUCCGCGAGUCUGAAGUUGCUCACUAAAAGGCGUUGUUUCAUCUGAUUUCGGAGCGCGUGAGAUUGUUUUGGAAAUUUAGUGUGCUUCGACACGUAAUCCACGAGUCCCAGAUAGAAUGCUCUUAGCAGUGAUAGUCCAGCUUGCUAUAUAUUAUAUUGACCAGAUUGAGGCGAUAGGA